AUGAGCGGAGAGUGUGGGAACGAGGCAGGAAAGUCAGGAGGUGCAUCUGAUGGAGAGGUGGAGAAUGGAAAAACCAAAGGGAAGAGAGAGUCACUUCUAACUAUCAUAAUGUGGCUUUUCCCCUUGCAGGUCGACAGCCGACAUCCAACUUGUAACUUCCUGUUGGAGGUGGAGAGAGAGCACCUCGAGUGUCUGAUGAUGCUGAGGGAGGAGAAGGCAGCCGGCCGCCAUAAAGAGCCAGGAUGCAAAGGAACAUGGGACAACAUAACGUGCUGGGAAUGGACUAAGGUUGGAGACACCGUUACCAUCCCCUGUCCUCGCGUCCUCAGGACUGUGUUCAGUAGAAACGGCAACAUCAGCAGGAACUGCACGUCAGCUGGGUGGUCGAACGUUUUCCCAAACAUAUCCAGCGUGUGUGGGUCGGACGCCAGCCAGGAUAAGCUGAUCUUCUACCUGGUGGUGCAGACGUUGUACACUCUGGGUCACAGCUUGUCUUUGAUCGCGCUCACCACAGGAAGCGCCAUCCUCUGUCUGUUCAGGAAACUCCACUGCACGAGGAACUACAUCCACCUCAACCUCUUCUUCUCCUUCAUCUUGAGAGCCGUGGCCGUGUUGGUGAAAGACGACAUCCUCUUCAACCGCAGCACGCAAUGCUCCCAUCAGCCAUCGCUGGUGGGUUGUAAAGCCAGCCUGGUGUUUUUCCAAUAUUUCAUCAUGGCUAACUUCUUCUGGCUGCUGGUGGAGGGUUUGUACCUCCACACGCUGCUCGUCGUCAUCUUCUCCGAGAACAGACACUUCGUCGUUUACAUGUUCAUCGGCUGGGGAAUCCCCACAGUGUUCGUCUUUGCAUGGGUGAUGACGAGGAUUUAUCUGGAGGACACGGGAUGCUGGGAGAGAAAUGAGAACCCCAUACCCAACUGGGUGAUCAACGGACCGAUCGGAUUGUCUAUCAUGGUGAACUUCAUCCUGUUCAUCAGCAUCAUUCGGAUCUUGGUGCAGAAGCUGAGGUGUCCUGACGUGGGCGGCAACGACCAAUCACAAUACAGGAGGUUGGCCAAAUCCACUCUCCUGCUGAUCCCUCUGUUUGGGAUUCACUACGUGGUCUUCGUCUCGCUCAGUGAAUCCAUCGCAGAAGCCUACAGAAUAUUUUUCGACCUGGCUCUCGGAUCCUUCCAGGGUUUGGUGGUUGCCAUCUUGUACUGUUUCCUAAACAGUGAGGUUCAAGGUGAGCUGAAGAGAAAGUGGCGGAGCAUGUGUCUUAACUGCCGCCUGAGCAGAGAUCACCACUUUAACAACGCGUUCGCCUCCAGGAACGGUUCCGACCACAUGGUGCAGUUUCACCGCAGCUCCCGAACCCAGUCCAUCCUGCAGUCAGAGACCACCGUACUGUGA